AUGGCGAACCAUAAGGUUCCAAGGUUCUCAACUUGGCAUAGAGAAACAUACGUUGAUCCGAUAAAUAUGCCUGCAAAUAGAUACUUUACACCACACUUUAUGCCGUAUAGAGAUAGUCAACGAUAUGGAGAAGGAAGAGAAAAAUGGUUUCAAGACUACAGGCGUUCGUACGUGGCUGAGAGAACCUUGGUGAAGAACUUAAAUACGCUUGGUUCCCCCUACCGACCCACAAGCUUAUCCGAUAAGCCUGACCGUGUAUUAGGGACUCGGUGCCUGCGAAGAGAAGCUGUUUUGAACAAACCGCAUCAUCACCUCACCAACAGAAUUCCUGACCGCGAGAGAGACCGCGCUCAAAUCGACGACUUAGUCUGUCAGCAUCGUCAACAGUAUAGAGACCAAAGUGGUACGUUGUUCGACCAAAAGGUAGCUUAUUUUCACAAUCCCACCACAGCCGAAGAGCAGUUUUUGCCCAAAGUGAAUCCUCCGAAAGAUACAAUCGGCAGUUAUCCGAAUAACACUAAAGCUGCUCUGGAAUACACGUAUGACUUGGAGAGAGGGCCUAAAGAAUAUGAACUUUGGCACAAGGUGUAA